UCACAGCAACGUAACAGUGAGACAUUGUAAAGAGAGUAAAUAAUAGCAGGUUUGGUUUUAAAUGUUAUAUUUUAGAGAAACUGAGCUGAAGGUGAAACAGUUACAGUGGGAACUGGUGGAGUUUUGCACAUGGACCAGUUUUGAAGGCUCAUCAGGACCAUGAAGCUGACCGGGACAAUCCUGAACCUGGAGCUCACUCAUCGCAGCGCAGACGCCGCACAUUUAAACAACACAAUGGUGACACCAAUGCAAACAGUUACAACAGUGUCAGCACCCACCUUAUCACCAUCGCAGUCUGAAAGAGGAACAUCUCAGUGUUCGAUCUGCUCAGACAGAGCCACAGGUAAACACUACGGUGCCUCCAGCUGCGACGGCUGCAAGGGCUUCUUCAGGAGGAGUGUUCGAAACAACCACACGUACAACUGCAGGUUUAACAGGCAGUGUACUGUGGACAAAGACAAGAGGAACCAGUGUCGCUACUGCAGAUUACAGAAGUGUAUCCAGGCUGGAAUGAGAAAAGAAGCUGUUCAGAAUGAGAGAGACUGCAUCAGCGUUCACCGAGCCAAAGGCCAGACCGUGGGCUCUCUGUGCAUCACUGUGCUGCUGCGGGCCGAGGCCAGCGUGCAGCAGCCCUCAGUGCUGCUCUCACCCCAGAGUCACGACAUCUACACCAAGAAGACGGCGUGCAUCGCAGAUGUGUUUCACUCCAUGAAGCAGCAACUCCUCCUGCUGGUGGAGUGGGCAAAGCACAUCCCAGAGUUCUGCAGCCUCCCUUUAGAUGACAGGGUUACUUUGCUACGAACCCACUCUGCAGAGCAUCUUAUUCUCGGGGCAGCGAGACGUUCUCUGCCUUACAACAAUCUCAUUCUCCUGGCAGGAAAUGACUUUGUGAUCCCCCUGAGAGGUGCACAGGUCGAAGUGUCCAGAGUGGCCUUCAGAAUUCAGGAGGAGCUGGUCAAGCCUCUCAGAGAGCUGGACGUCACAGACAAGGAGUUUGCUGUCCUCAAAACUAUCGUCUUCUUUAACCCCGACUGUUCGGGCUUGGGGAGUCCUCAGCUCAUCCGAAAUAUACGCUUCCAAGCCCAACUGUUGCUAGAAGAAGCGACCUGUGAGCAGCGGGGAAGGUUUGGGGAGCUGCUGCUGAUCCUGCCUGCUCUGCAGAGUGUGGCCUGGCAGAUGGUGGAGACGCUUCAUUUAGCACAGCUGCUGGGUGAAGCCAGGAUGGACAGUCUUUUACUGGAGAUGCUGCUGGGAGAGGAAGCCAAACAUGCUCAACAUGAAACAAACAAUGACCAGACGCAAGAGCAGCAACGAGCUUCAGCUGAAAACUGCACCUCUGUCGCGGCUGACGCUGCAACACCUCUUCCAAGUGGUUUUCCUGCUGCCCACACAGACCAGUGCUGACGUGCACAGACACAGUGAUGACACCAGAGACACCUGUCCACACCAACACAACACAGACUGACUGACGUUCACACACACACAGACAGACAGACAGACUGACGUACACACAGACGAGCGCCAUCGCUCGCUGCUGUGAACCAAAUCUUUUCAUUACUCUGAAGGCUGGGAUUCAGCGCUGGGCCUUGGGCUGGGAUGAGCCACAGAAAGCAAACUUAUUGUAUUGUGUUUCUUGGAAACUUUUUAUCACAUGAUCACAGGGGAAUUUAUGUUCAUUUAAAAGAACCAAACCAACACAAAGCUCUGCAGUUCCAUGCUAUCACUGCACCUUGUCUCCGUGUCUGAGUCAAGUUUAGAUUUCUCUGUGUUUUGUACAGUGAUAAGAUUGAAUCAUGCUUUUAUUCAGCUUCUAUGUGAACAUGACACGACUAGUAAAUUACUAUGAGCUCUGUAGCGCCCCCUCUCCUCCACCAGUCCACAAAUACGUUCCCAAUAGUUGGGAACUCCGGCUCCGUGCUUUAAUCAUCAACUAAAACACAACAUACAUAACAUUUCUCCUCAAACUUCAUACAGAAAGCACAUUAAUUGCUGGAUAAAUAACAUUCUGGACAUUGACAGACUGCAAAAGCAUUCUUUAAACACCUCAUUACACGCAAGACCCAACAUUUGUCAGCAGAGGGCGCCAAAUGCCCUCUUAGACGCACAUUUGUUUCCCACUGUUUUCCUUUUUCUUCACGUGUUUUGUGGUCAAAGAUGUGUCAGGUAAAUCUGAACGUAGACAUGUUAUGAUGACACGUGAAGUUUGUCGAAUAUCUUAACAUUUAACAUUUUGAUUAAAGGGAAUGUUGCAUCUUUUUCUGAGGAUGUUUAAUAAAGUCAGAAACCGAGAGAGACUGUAAUCACUCCAGAUCAUGAAAUGACACAAGUGUGUUAUGCAUAAUGAAACCAUUACUUGUUCUCGCUGCUCUGUUUGUUUUCACACUUGAAUGACUGACCUCAUAGGAAAACAGAGAGAAAUUCAUCCUUCUUUCUUCCCUGAAGUCCCUGGCAACAAUAUCCACAAACGUGUGAAUGGUUCAAACAGCAUAUUCAUCAUUAAUACCUUUGUUUUGAAGCUUGAUUUGUUCCUUUUUUCAUUAGAACAAUAUGUAUGACAGAGUGACGUCAGCAUCAGGUCUGUGGUGUUGACACUUUUCUGGUGAAAUGCGUUACAUAAGAUUAUAUAAGCCAAUAAACCUCAGUGAUUCUAUUCUUCACAGACGGUGGAAGUGUUGUCAGAGUUUACAUUUCCAUGUGACAGUAUACACAGUCUGUGCUGGGCUUGCACUCUUACACCAGCAGACAGGAUACAGUGUGCUCAUGUGGACCAGCCUGAUCAGCUGAAGCAAGACGUGCUGUCAUAACAACGGGACACUCUGGAGGGCAGCAGCCUGGAAAACACUGAUUAGGAUUCAUGGUACAGCUACAGUACAGUAAUGAUCACACUUCCUGUGACAUCACUUACAGAACGUACAGAAAUCUUGAGCAGUAAACAGUGUUGUUAGGUUUUUGAAUAUUUUAAAUAUUGUGCAUCUUUGUUUUAGUUCAGUCUAAACUGAAAGUGCACAAUGCAAAAUAAACACAGUGAACAUCUAUUAAAUGUAUAAAUCUGCU